CUCGGUGGAGCAAAAGAAAAUCAAGCUCGCUUUGUCGUGCUUCCCGUGAGUGACAGCAGACGCGCUUCAGAACCACGUGCGGUCCAGUAUCAAAGUAUCAUUAUAAACAAGAUUCCGUGGGUCAUCUUUCCUGUGUUCCCUUUUGGAUUAUGUGCUACAUCAGCUAGCAACCGGUGUUGCGCUAUAUCGUGACGAGGAAUUGUGAUUCGUCGACUGCCCGUCUUGUGCCCACUGCGGGAGAGUCUGCGAUUAGGCAAGGAAGAUCGUAGCUAAGAAUGGGAUGCAACCUGGGCAAAGGCUCCCAAGCGGAUGAGACCGACGACAAGGGUUCCAAGAGAUCAGCUACUUCGCCUCAGACACCUCCACCGGAGAUUCUGGGUGAGCGAAAGCAGCGUGAUGAAAAUAUAUCAAACCGGAAUAACCAUGUGGCCGAUGCAAUGGAUAAGGCGGUUGACAGAUUUGUUGAAGAAAAGGAAAAGACGACCCAGCAGUUUUCAGAUCCCGUUAUCGAGUUUGUUCCGGAGAACGAGGUCAAGGAGAUCGAAGCGGCAGCGACGAAAAUUCAGGCCACUUUCCGGGGAUACAAAGUACGCAAAGAAACUGAAAAGGUAGCCAGAAAAGAAUCCAACAGGGAAGCCCAUACAGAAACGAACAUGAAGGAAGACGACGACCAGCCCAAGAACACAUCGUCCGAGCAAGACGAACUGGCGGACUUGGACCUGAAUGACCCAAACCUUUCAAAAGCGGCCUGCGUCAUCCAGGCCACAUUCCGAGGCCACCGGGUGCGAAAGAGUCCCAUCCAUCAAGCUGAGGGGGAAUCUACCGGCAAAGAUGAAACAACGCGGGAAUCAUCCCUCCAAUCAGCGCAGCAGGACGAAGAGGAUGUGCCUGAUGAAAUCAAGGACCUGGACCUCAACGACCCAGAUCUGGCAAAAGCGGCAGUUAAGAUUCAGUCAACUUUCCGGGGUUAUAAGACGCGCAACAAGUAAAGUAAGUCCUAAAGAAUGACCAGCAGCGAAAAGGAAGGAGAGGGACUAACUACGCUAGCCAGAAGAAGGAAGACUCGUCAACUACUUUUCUUAUUAUUUUGUCGCAUUCCUGAAGUUCAUCGACAGUCCAUACACUUGACACUACCAAUUGGCUAGCCAGACAUAGGAGCUCCCGGCAGCACAGCAACGCUAAAUGCAGUGCAAGCAAGAAAAACAAAAGAUGAAGAGCAAAGCAAUCCAACUGAACGAACUCUAAAGAGUUAACUCGGAGCUUCAUGUUCCAAUCUGGUUCCAAUCUCGACGUCCAUCACGAAGAUGUUUGACGGAAACCUGUGUUAUUAAGUUUUGUUAAAUUAGAGUUAUAUCCCGAUAUAGUUGACGACAAAUGGUGUAUGAUCUCCCCUCGAAUCAGUGUCAUGUUUAUUUCCCGCUACGAAUUAGAAAGAGAUGUUCACGGAGCAGAACUUCGCAAAUGACGCUGACCAAUAUGGAACGGUGGAAACUCACGGAAGCACCAGGAUGAGCACCUGGUGCUAUGAGAAUUUAUCCUUCGUGCGCGUCUGUGACCUAGUAGUACUUAGAUCACGUAAUGUAAGGGCCACUGCCAUUACAUUUCCUACCACGCAACUACGUUUAACAAUGCAGCGUUCUUUCGUACUGCAAGUUUGAAAUUAAUCUAGAGGGGUUGGCUGCCCUUGUUGCCGCGAACUGCCAGAUCGCUUUUCGCACCCUCACACUGCCCAGGUAGGGAAACUGACAGUUAGCCACCACAGAUAUGUGUGCAUUGGUGUGCAAUCUUCCAUGACGGUACGUCAGAUUUUCGUCUCCUAAUGUGACACCCCGUUCGUACAUGAGUUCAAUAAGCAGUCAUGGCAUACAGUGCCAUGAGAUCAUGAGGAAAAUAGUGCCAGACAAUUCCAGCAUUCAAUCCCCGCUUCUUCCUUUUAUUUCGUAAACAUGAACCCACCCACCUUCAUUUGAAUCACAUUCAAAGUUGUCUCCUCAAGGAUGCUAAAGAAGUCACUCUUGCUACUUUCGGGGACUUGCGUUGGGGUGCGAUGAUAUUCAUUUCGCAAAAAAUCGAAAGAAGGCACUGGAGCUUGCAGUCGAGAAGAACGUUGCACGGAUCCAGUUAACACAUACACGAGCGACUGAUUCCUCUUUAUUUUAUAGGUCGUUUCAUAAACAAUAAUGGUCACUUUGAUCCCGGUGGCAGAUGAACUAUGUCGAGUUAAGAAGCAUAAUCAUGAUGCCUAGAGCCUCGCCAUUGAUAACUUACACAACGGGUCAUCUGACGUAGACGGUGAGGUACAUUCUGAAACAUGAAUUUAUGUACUCCGAUUCAGCUCUGGGAGAAAUUAAACGUGGUUCUGAGAAUGUAUGAAACCGAUGAAAAUAUGACGUGAAGGUCGGAAUAUGAGCGAUACUGGCGUCGCUACCGUUGAAGAUUCUGGCGUCCAUAUACAGGAUGUGUCACCUAACGUAAAAAAAAAAAGAAAAAGAAAAAACGUUUUAUAAAACCUACCUGUCGGAACGUAUGUGGUCAACUCUAUCUAUCUCGGGGGAGACUUUGCCAGGACUUCUGAGCACUUUUAUCAAAUUUAAUUCGCGUGAAAUUGAAUUUUCCCAAUGGAUCUCCGAAAUUUAGCAGGUCAACCUAACGUUUUUCAGAAAGAAGCAGAAAGCGCAUGUCGGAUUUAUCCCAUCGCAUUGGAAAAUUCGUUCGCUACUGCUUUGGUAAUAGCUGAAAAAAAUACCUGAAACGUCUUUUCGAGGGCCGAGCUCAGUUCUCCGUGAAAUUACUGCAAGAUGCAGUGCAAGAAAAAUGCCCCCCCCCCCUUCUUGUUUCCUUCUCACUCUUCUUUCAGAUAACUCUGCGUUCCAACCAUGCGGCCGUUACCAGCACAAGCUUGGAAAAGGGAAAGUGAAAGGGCAGGUAUAUGGCUUCCUCGCAUCGCUUCUUUCGGAGAUCGGCCGGCAAUUUUCGCGCCUCGAAGUGGCUGUUUUCGCUUUUUUUCCCCGACUAUUAUGAUUGUAGUAGUAAAUGUAUUUUGCAAUAGAAUGCGGUAAGUCCGGCAUGCGCUUUCUGAUUUUGUAAAAAAAAAGUGAGGUUGCGAUUGGCAAAUUUCGGAGUUCAAUUAGGAAAAUUCAACUUCUCUCAAUUAAAUUUUAUA